AUGCCAGCCGCAUCGGGCUUUGCGCGGGUCCUCCGCGAAGCUGCCCCGAGCCUGGCAAAGCGGUUCUUCGACUGCAGCAGUCGCCGGCAUAGUUCGAUCCUGAGCCAAGCGCAGCAUGUGAGUUCGAGGACGAAAAGACGAGCCGUGGAGACUCGGCACCUCACUACGAGCCCCAAGAUACCGAUACGACGCACGCAAGUCUCAAUCACCUGCUUUCGAAAUAGCCAGGCCAAUGCGCGUCAAGAUACGAUAAGCCGGUUCGGCCGGGCGUUCUCGGUUUCCACAAGAUCAAGAAUUUCGCAGGCCAACACGCGGGAUGGGCCAAUCGAUGCCGCAAAAGAAUCAGGGUCAGAGGGCACGGGCAAGAGCAAAAGCAGGAAGUCAACUCUCCCAGACACAUCAUCGAAUACAGUGGCCUACUGGCUUCUCGGCAGCGCCGCGAGCGUCUUUGGCAUUGUGGUGUUCGGAGGCCUCACGAGGCUUACAGAGUCCGGACUGAGCAUAACCGAAUGGAAGCCUGUCACCGGAUCUCUCCCACCAAUGUCCGAGGAGGAUUGGGAAGCCGAGUUCGCAAAGUAUCGAUCUAGUCCGGAAUUCCACCUGCUCAACUCACGCAUGACGCUCGAGGAGUUCAAGUCGAUCUACUGGAUGGAAUGGAUUCACCGGCUCUGGGGCCGCUUCAUCGGCAUCAGCUUCGUGUUGCCUGCGGUGUAUUUCGUGGCAAGAAAGCAGGUCUCGCGAUCCAUGGCCUGGCGAUUGUUCGGAAUUGCAGGUUUGAUUGGGUUCCAAGGUUUCAUCGGCUGGUGGAUGGUAAAGUCCGGGUUGAAAGAUGACUUGUUCGCGCCGGGCUCGCACCCACGCGUCUCACAGUACAGGCUCACCGCACACUUGGGCACCGCGUUCAUUUGCUACCUCGCCAUGCUGUGGAGCGGGCUGGACAUCCUGCGAACGAACAAACUCCUCCGAUCAUCCAAGGACGUCGCUGAGGCCUCGCUCAACGCACUCCGCAACCCGGCCCUGAAGCCGUUCAAGCGUUCCGUCGCCCUACUCGCCGGUCUGGUGUUUCUGACAGCCAUGUCUGGCGGGCUCGUGGCAGGGCUCGACGCAGGGCUGAUAUACAACGAGUUCCCGUACAUGGGUCUUGGAUUGACCCCGCCAAAAUCCGAGCUGUGGGAUUCAUUCUACAGUCGUGCCCCGGAUCGAUCGGAUCUGUGGUGGCGCAACAUGCUCGAGAACCCCAGUCUCGUGCAACUCGACCAUCGCAUCCUCGCGACCACCACAUUCACUGCCGUCAUGGCACUCUGGACGUACGCUCGCUCCGGCGCAUUACAGAAAGUCCUCCCUGCGGCCGCCAAGCGAGGUGUGCACGGCGUGGUAGGCUUCGUCUGGUUGCAGGUCAUCCUGGGGAUUUCGACGCUGCUGUACCUCGUCCCGACCGGCCUGGCGAGCGCCCAUCAGGCAGGAAGUCUGGCCCUCUUGACCUGGACGGUUGUUCUCGGUAGUCGUGUCUGGUUCCCUGGUCAGGCGGCACGCAUUUUAGCACAGAGAAUGCAGCAGAACGUCGGGGGUGCUGCGUUCGGCCAGGCUGGUGGCAGCACUGUAUUGUCCCAAGCCGGCGGUGUGCAUGCCGCAAAUGCCAAUGGCGCCACUGUCUUGGCUGCAAGCGUGAUGCCCGCGGUCACAGCACUCGGGCUUAUGCUCAGCAUGAAUGCGGAAGAGAGUCUGAGAGUGCAGUUGCGAGCACGGCGUGAAGAGAAGCCUGGGAAGCCAGCACCUGAAAGGACCGAGGAGGCAUAA